CUGUGAGGGUCAAACUGGCAGACUUCGCUAAACAGAGCUACCCAUCGGACCAUCCUCUUCCUGCCCUCCUGAGUCCCAGGCAACAGAAGACAGGUGGUUCUACCCUUGGCCAAGGGUAGGUGUGGCACUGCUGUCUGCUGCUGCUGUGCCCUCGUUAGCCUCCACGCAAUCAGAUUCAACAGAAGGAGCAACUGCCGUCUGAGGCUCCCAACCCGACCCAGGGCCAUCCGCCAGGAGCAUGGGGCUCCCUGAUGUCCAGUUCCAGCUGGUGCUGCUGUGGGCGCUGGUGUGGGCACAGGGGGCAGGGUCUGUGUGCCCCUCCUGUGGGGGCCGCACACUAGCACCCCAAGCAGAACGAGCUCUGGUCCUGGAGCUAGCCAAACAGCAAAUCCUGGAGGGGCUGCACCUGACCAGUCGUCCCAGAAUAACUCAUCCUCCACCCCAGGCAGCGCUGACCAGAGCGCUUCGGAGACUACAGCCAGGAAGUGUGGCUCCAGCGAAUGGGGAGGAGGUCAUCAGCUUUGCUACCAUCACAGACUCCUCCACUGCAACCUGCAGCUUCAUGCUCACCUUCCGCCUGUCCACUCCUCAGUCCCACCACCUGUACCACGCACGCCUCUGGCUGCACGUGCUCCCCACCCUUCCUGACAGUCUUUACUUGAAGAUCUUCCGAUGGGGCCCAAGGAGGAGGCGCCGACGGUCCCGCGCCCUCCUUGCUGAGCACCAAAUGACAACCCCGGGCUGGCACGCCCUGACUCUGCCCUCUAGUGGCUUGAGGGGUGAGGAGUCUGGUGUCCUGAAACUCCAACUAGACUGCAGACCCCUAGAAGGCAACAGCACAGCUGCCCGACAACCUCGCCGGUUCUUGGACACAGCGGGAAACCAGCAGCCCUUCCUGGAGCUUAAGAUCCGGCCCAAUGAGCCUGGAGCAGCCCGGGCCAAGAGGAGGACCCCCACUUGUGAGCCUGAGACUCCCUUAUGUUGUAGGCGAGACCAUUAUGUAGACUUUCAGGAACUGGGGUGGCGGGACUGGAUUCUGCAGCCCGAGGGGUACCAGCUGAAUUACUGCAGUGGCCAGUGCCCCCCCCAUCUGGCUGGCAGCCCCGGCAUUGCUGCCUCCUUCCAUUCUGCUGUCUUCAGCCUCCUCAAGGCCAACAACCCUUGGCCCUUUGGUAAUUCCUGCUGUGUCCCUACUGCCCGAAGGCCUCUCUCUCUCCUCUAUCUUGACCGUGAAGGCAAUGUGGUCAAGACGGAUGUGCCAGACAUGGUGGUGGAGGCCUGUGGCUGCAGCUAGCAAGUGGACCUGGGGGUUUGGAGUAAAGGGAUCACGUUGGGGGUUCCCAGGCAAAGGGCAUCUGUGGCUGGGGGCAUCAGAUUUCUGAUCCACAGCCCCACCCAGUGGGCCACCUGGCAAUAUGACUGGGUUGACCUCUAUGGGACCCAGAUGGGCACUUUCUUGUCCAGCCUCUGGCCUAUUCCAGGCUGGUUGAUGUGUGGGGAGAUAGGGAAAGUGUGUCUUCUAAAGGAAUCUACCCAGAAAGCAUGAUUUCCUACCCUAAGCCCUGUGAGAAGAUG